GAGCCACUGCCAUAAAAUCCGCACUAAUCCGCCACACGUCUGUUAUGUACUCUCUCUGUCUCUCUCUCUAAGCUGGCAGCGAAGAGACUCGUCCAUCCGUUUGUAUUCGCUUUGCCUCUCUCUCUCUCUCUCUCUCUGUCUCUCUGUGCCAUUUGUUUUUCCGAUUGUACGGCCCGGGCAAGACUCAAACCAGAGAAGCAAGAAUAAAGAAGGAAGAAGAAGUGAAAAGGGUUAGUCGUCGGAGAUGUCUGGCACGUGUGGUGGUGACUCGGGUGGUGCGGGAGAGAUCAUGCUGUUCGGGGUGAGGGUGGUGGUGGACGCCAUGAGGAAGAGCGUGAGUAUGAGCAAUCUGUCUCAGUACGAGCUGCAUCCGCAGGAAUUGGGUUCCGUGGUUAACAACGGUGUCAACCUCAAUAACAAUAGCAAAGAAGAUGUGGCCGCAGCAGCAACUGCUGCAGCUGCCGGCGGUUAUGCCUCCGCAGACGACGCCGUUCCCAGUUCUCGCGCCAGCCGUGACCGCGAGCGCAAGCGAGGGGUUCCGUGGACGGAGGAAGAGCACAAGCUAUUCCUGCUGGGUUUGCAGAAAGUAGGGAAAGGAGAUUGGAGAGGUAUAUCAAGAAACUUCGUCAAGACCCGCACGCCGACGCAGGUCGCCAGCCACGCUCAGAAAUACUUUCUCCGCCGCAGCAACCUCAACCGCCGUCGCCGCCGAACCAGCCUCUUCGAUAUCACCACCGAUUCGGUCACGGCAACUCCAAUGGAAGAACUACUGGGGCAUCACCAAGAUACUGCCUCACAGCCACACCCAUUGCCACCUCCGCCACCGGUCGAUACUUGCAAUUUUAUUGUGUUUCCAGUGAUUCCUGCUUUUCCAGUGACUGUUGAUCCGGCAGUAGUUCCGGUCCCCAUUAUCAGUCCAUUGGAAAACCUAUAUCUAGGACGGGGAAAUAGCUGCGUGACGCUCGUCCGUCCGAUCCCUGUUCACAUGGCUCCUCAUGCUCUAGCUCUCUCUGACCUUAGCUUGAGAAAUAUGAAGUCGGCUACCAAUCCCCCACUGCGGACGCUAAAGUCAUCUUUGCCAUCUGGGCAAAGGGAGUCGCCAUCAAGGCACUCAGCUUUUCAGGCAAUGUCAAGCUUCAACAAUGGUGAUAGCAUAAUCACUGUAGCCUGAUGAAAUAUGGAAAAUGGUUCAUAAUUAGAGCAGAUGGGUUAGAUAAAUUUAUCUCUAAAUGGUUAGAGAAGACAAGGUAAUUAGAUGACUGAGAUUGAUCCUAGUUUGUUUUGUAUAGACCCAAAAAAGAACUCAGUCCUUUUCUGCUUGUUGGUUUAUGCGAUUAUCUUAGAUUCUUGUUCUUUUGGAUGUUUUCUGCUGUAGUUGAUAUAACUGAGAAUAACAAGGGCUUCAUUGGCAGGUGUUUGGGUCUACCCUCAAGUUUCUAGUGGUUUUUAUGGCUA